UGGGGGCUUGGGCAAGAGGCGGGUGGGGCCAGUGACACUCGGGACAUGGCGAUGAAGAGCAACCAGCUGUCAGGGGAGAUGUGUCAGAAGAAGGCCUGCCCAGCCCCGGGGCUUUUGGGGCACGACAGCUAGAGUCUGCAGGUGCAAAUGGGAAAAUGGAUGUCACUCGUGGCUGUGCUUGUAUCAGAGUUCCCAGGCUCCGAGGGCGAAAUUAGCCUCUCCAAGCCUGACUCAAAGCUGCCACUGCCUGUGGAAAGCAUCUUCCAAAGACACUUGUGGAGCCCACCAGCUGCUUACAGGAGCUGAACAUAUCCCAGGAGGCCUUCAAACGGAAGGAGCAGCACAGGCAGCCUGCCCGGGAGCCAACAUGGAGCAGAAGAUCAGCUCUUUCUUUAAUUCCAUCUUGGAGCUCAUCCGUACCAAGCAUGAGGAAGGCAUCUUCAACACUGUGUGCCUGGCCGUGCUGUUGGGUCUGCCCUUUGUUGUCCUCAUUGCACUCAUUUUCAUCUGCUGCCACUGCUGCUUCUGCAGCCGGAGGAGAGAAAGAAGGAAAAAAGGUGGUCCCAGCAGCAACGGGCAGCUACACGCUGAGAGGAAUAAGAAAAAGAAGAAGAAGAAGGAUGAAGAGGACCUGUGGAUCUCUGCUCAGCCCAAGCUGCUCUUGCUGGACAAGAGACCCUCCUUGCCCAUCUAGCAGAUAGGAGGGUGUUCACGCCUUCCCCUCUGAGAUGCCACCAGUUCUUUCAGCUGGGCACUGUGAGGGGCCAGGAGAUGCCCAAGCUGCUGCCACUUUAUGGUGACUUUCAAAAGAGGUGGCUAAUCAGCAUCAGAGAGCAAGGCGGUUGGGCACAGGUUUAUGCAAGCUCCUUCUCUCCCACCCUCAAGAGCAUGCCCAAAGGCAGAAACCCCCACAAGUGACAGGUGUGCACAGGGACACGUGCCUUGCUCAGCACCUGAGGGUGACCUGCUCUGGGUACGUCCCUCCUUACUUAUGUACCUCCUGCCACGAGAGCAGGGUGCACACUGGGCUGGCAUGCAGCAGAGGCUGCAGGGUUCUCCCUCUGCACUCCUGUGCCAGCAGGUGGACGUAGACACGGGGCCACGUGCACUUGGUCUGAGGCACCUGCCUGCUCCCCCUGCACAGACAGGGAUGGCUGCAUGCACAGCAAGCACAGGCUUGGCCUCUUGUCCUGCCGUGGGGCAGCACAGCGUGGCUGCCCAGGCUCCGUCCAAACCCAGCUCACGUUGGAGAUGCCAAGAAAGCCAAGUGCAGUUACCCCACAGCUCAAAGAUGCCCCAUCUUCCCAGCCACCAAACCAAAGGCGACUGAAGACAGAUGCCCUCAGCCCAACCUUACAGACCUCAAGACACCAUCUGAAGGCAGCAAGGCAGAAGGACACGUUGCCGCCCAGGCCAGAGGCAGGGAGGAGAGAGGAGGCUGCAAGACCUCCCCUUUUGCACCAGCACUUAGAAAAAAAAUCUUCCUUGAAAGACUAUUUUAUACAGACUUACCUUAAGAGAGCCCACCACGCUACUGCAAGAGCAGAACUACAAGCUGAGGCUGUGUAAAGGCUUAGCUACGGGCAUUAGAGUUAUUUAUUGAAUGACUACUAAAGAAGAGCAGGACCAAAGGCCCCCCCGUCGUGGGGCUGGGCACACCGAAGCGGUAUUGAAGCAGCAGACACACUUUCCCAGCAGGCUGUCCCCUCUCCUGGCAGCCCUUGUGCACACACAGACCCACGAGCACACGCUGGUGCCACGCAGGGGGCUGCUGUACGGCUGUCAAGCCACCAACUCUGGGAUUUGGGAUGUGCUGUGGGAGCAGAGAGGAAGAAAGUUCAUGCCCACCGUCGUCCCCUGCUCAGGCGUGUCUCGUGCUGCUGGACCCAGCAUCCCUCCUCUCCAUCCCCAUCUCCCUUGGAGGUGCAACAGCUUGACCGGGCACAGUCCUCCCCCCUGCUCUGGUUUUGACCCUCUGCACCUCCUCUGCCCUCAUGCCCAGCCUACCUCCUGAGGAGCUGGGGGUCUCCUCUGCCCCCCCAGGCUCUGCCUCCCCCAGCUCCUUCUGCCAGCGAGGGAUGCACACGUGUGAUGAGAAAAGCCCCAUCACAUCUGGGUUUUGCCCCGCGUCUGCACACUGGAUGUUUUCCUCCUGCUUUCUUCCACUUCUGGAGCUGCUGGAGCAGACUGGAGCUGCCAGCCAGAGCCAGGCACCCGGGAGACAAGCAGCCAAACCUGCAUGGGCAAGCCUGGACAGAGCUGCUGGACACGACCCCUUCCAGCCCGGGUGAGGGCAGUGCUGCCUUUGCCCAGCUCCCAGGACACGGAGCAGCAGAGGGGGUGGGCAAAGCCACCGGUUAGAAGUGGAUGCUCGUGCCACCCAGUCCCAGCACAGCCUGUUUUGUCCGACUGGGACAGGGCAGUGAUGUUCAGACCACAUCACGGGGUUUGGCUGUGCUGGUAACAGCCGGGAGACCAGGCUCCUCCUCAUGCAGCCCUGGAAAUUGACCCCAUAUGUGCCUUACUUUCCAGCUUGCUUUGUCAGUGUUGAAAUAAAGUGACUCCCUUCUGCUUCAAAA